AUAUUUGUAGAAUUCGGUUAUCUCCUGUAAUAAAUUAGUGAAAACUCUGAGUUUUUUUUUAAUAUUUGCACAAAUAAUCGUUCCAGAAAGAAGUUAAAAUAAAAAUAAACAAUUACUAACAAAAGUUUACCGUUUAAACAAUAGAAAUAAUAAAAACUUGAUAUAUUGUAUGAACACGAGUAACAUCGUAACAAAGGCAUAGCUAGUGCGGGGUUAAAAGUCGGACAUUCAUCCCCGCAAAGAGAAAAAUACAAUUUUUUACCAACCAUGGUGGACGCAGCACGCCAAAUGCUGGACGAGCUGAUGGGUCGUAAUAGAAAUUUACAUCCAUCGGAGGCUCCCCGUAAAGUUAGUUGGGAUGAUCCGGACUUCUGUCAAUAUUAUAUAGUGAAAUUUUGUCCACAUGAUCUCUUUAUUAAUACGCGCGCAGACUUGGGACCAUGUACACAAAUACAUGACGAUGAGGCAAAGCGUUUGUAUGACGAAGCACGUCCAUCUCCUCGCAAGCGUUCUUACGAAGAUGAGUUUUUGCGAUUUUGUAACAACAUGUUAAAUGAUGUCGAUCGAAAAAUCCAAAAGGGCAAGCAACGUCUACAAUUAAUGCAUCGUGAUCAGCCCGCACCUUCUAUACCGCUUUCUAAAUAUCAGGAACAGUUGAACAACAUGAACGCACGUAUUAAGAAAUUGCUCUCCGAAGCCGAAGAGGCUGGUAUACGCGGUGAUGUUGACCAGGCCAAAGAUCUUAUGGCGCUUUGCGAGCAAUUAAAAGACGAGAAAGAAGCGCUCGUGGCACAACACGAACAGCAGCAACAAUUACACCAUCAGACAAAUGGUUUAUUGAAAGAAAGUUUGACUACUCCACCGCCAGAGAGCAAUGCGGACAAAUCAGAUGGCGAAAAAUCACCGAAAAGUGAAGAUGGUGGCAGCGAGAAGAAAGUGCUGCCCUGGAUGCAGGAUCUGGGUACACUACCUGAAAAGCAAAUGGAAGUAUGCGAAAUCUGCGGAGCCUUUCUUAUAGUUGGCGAUGCGCAGCAGCGUAUUGAAGACCAUCUAAUGGGGAAACAACAUUUAGGAUAUUCACGAUUGCGUAAAGCCGUGGAGGAAAUACACGAGCGUAGACAAAAGGAUCGCGAGGAGGAGGAGCGCAAGAGGCGCGAGGAACGUGAACAACGCAGCGCACAGCGCAACACCUACAGCCACCAUAACGAACGCAGACGUGAGCACCAUGAUCAUCGUGAUCGCGAUCGCGACCGUGACCGUGAGCGUGAGCGUGAGUAUCGCGGACGUUCACGUGAGCACAGCAGCCGACAUACGGCCGACAAACAUCGACAUCAUCACAAAGCAUCGCAUCGCAGGCGUUCCCACUCGCGCAGCAGCCACCGACGCAACAGCAGAGAUCGCCAUAGCCGCAGCCGUAGUCGCAGCCGCAGUCGUUAUUAAUUGCACGCAUUUGUACGUGGCGGAUCGAGGUACUCUCCCCAAAAACAAAAACAAAUUUAAUAAACUCUAAAAAUCUAGCCCAAUAAAUAAAAAGAAUAAUCUCAAGUCGUAAAACAAGGCGAAGAGUAGUUGCAUUGGCUGAAACCGGCAACACGAGUCGGCUAAUUCACUCCAUUCGACUCGACACUCCGCUGGCUCCUUAUACUUGUGGCCAUAAUUUGCUGUAGGUCCUGUGCGCUGUCACAAUCUAGAAUCUGUUUCGCUGUCAGCGUUAUUUCGAGGUACUUUUCAAGCAAACAAUCUAAAUAAAAACAAGUUUUAUGAACAAACAAGCUUAUUUGCAAGGUAGUUGGUUUUAAUUUUUGAGUUUUUUGUUUAACUUUUCAUAGCGUGAGUAAAAGCACACGUAAACGCAUACGUUUGAGCACGAGUAACUGAAUGUCCUCCAGUACCCAGUUCAGUUGCGCCUACAAGACCAGUCCCCUUCAAACAAACUCGAUUACAAGGUACUUUUUCUAUUUUUUGGAAUAUUUCUAAUAUGUAGUUUAAAGAUAAAAAAACAUCGUGAAACAGUUUUGAAUGAAACAAAAACAAAAACAAAAAAAAAAACAGAAAACAAAUUAAUACUCGUAUUUUUCGUACUAUAUGUCCUGGAAGUCAACAUGUGAAGAUUACCAAUACCAAAAGCAUUUGUAGAUUUUAAGUGACCCGCGUACGCACUCAUAUUCGUACGCCAGUUCGAUACUACGUUGUUCGUACGCACAUUCACCCACACCGAGGUAAUUGUUUUAAACAAAAAUCAAAAAUCAAAUUUUGCAAAUUGCGUCUUAAUUCUUAUUUAGUAGGAGUAAAAAAGAGAGUUUGUGUGUUGAGAAGUUAUAAAAUAAUAUGGUGGAAGUGAAGGGAUUGAAGUUGAUGUGUGAUUUAUAGUGGAAAACUCAGUUUUUUCAUACCCGCUUUACAAAGAAAACCAACCUCUACAUGAAGCCAACUAACGUUACUGUCACGAAAACAAUCAACAACUACUUCCUUGUUGUUGCAAUGCGGCAUACCACGUCAACCAGCCAUGCUGUACGAAGCGCCGUCAACUCAUUGCAGGUAACAGACACCUUCCAAAAAUCAACAUUUCUUUCAAAAAACACAAACAGCUGAACACAAACGUCAAGUCAAACCGUCACCGUCACCCCAGUCCAACACACAGCCUGUGCACUUGCAAGCACUUCCGUUAGUCAAAGUCCACCACCACAUGCAUGCAACUCAAGUAACAUGUUUGCAGUGCUACAACUACAACUGCUGCAACAACAACAACAAUAGCACAAGGCAAAUCAAAACUGGAAUGAGAUCGACCGUUGUCUUAAGCCGCAAUAGAACGCCGUUAAACGAGGUGAUUUCUUUAACUAUUUAGUUUUAUGCUUGAGUUUUACUUGAAAACAAAUUUGAAUAAUUUCUAAAAAAAUGAAAAAUUGGCAAAUGGUAUUUAGGCGCCCAAUGAAUUAUCCUACUGAAUUACUUUUUUUCUAAUAAUGUAACUUUUUAACUUUUUGCAAUUAAAUUCAAAUUGUAUUUGAAGCGUAGCGAAAACGUCUAUAAAGGUAACAUGUAGAUUCUGAGAAUGAGAAAACAAAAGCAAUCUUUGCUUGCACAAAGCGCUUGAAAAUUGCUGCUUUGUGUGCAGCCACCGAAUGCGUACGUUUUUCAUGUUUUCCUAAUAUAAAUUAUUUUUCUUAAACAAUUUUAAUUGAAAUAAACAACUUAAUAUAUACGAGUAUAUAAAAAAAAGUUAAAAAGCUAAAAACAACAUGUAAUAUAUAAUAUAACACAAUUGACGCUUUGGCGCGUUUUAAAAUUUAGUUUUACGUCAAAUUGACUUUUUACUUGCAUAUACAUACAUACUUAUAUAGAACACGCACGCAGUCAGAGCUAAUUACCCCGUUUUGUAGGUAUAAAUAAUAAAAUAAUAGUAGCAUAGUAAUUUAUCAUAAACAUAUGGCUGCGGAAAUUUUUAAUAAAUUCUGCGUACUCGCAGCAAAAUGA